GCAGGCCCCAUCCAUCCACACGCGCGCGCCACGGAUUUUCUCCUAAAGAUCACAAGGAGACGACCCCUCUCCGCUACCAUUUUGCAGGGCAGCAGCAGAGCCGAUCCCGUGCGUGUGCGAGUGUGAGUGAGAUCGACACCACUAGCUAGGUCGAGACCAUGGCUACAGCUUACGCUCCCAUGGCGAGCCAGGUGAUGAAGAGCAGCCUGCAGCUGCACUCCAAGCCGAGGGGCUUGUCCGGCGCUGCCCUCACCACCACCAGGCGUCCCCGGUUCACCGUCAAGGCCAUCCAGCCCGAGAAGGCGACGUACCAGGUGGUGCAGCCGAUCAACGGCGACCCGUUCAUCGGCAGCCUGGAGACGCCGGUGACCUCGAGCCCGCUGGUGGCGUGGUACCUCUCCAACCUGCCGGCGUACCGCACGGCCGUGAGCCCGCUGCUGCGGGGCAUCGAGGUGGGGCUGGCGCACGGCUACCUCCUCGUGGGGCCGUUCGCGCUCACGGGCCCGCUCCGCAACACGCCCGUGCACGGACAGGCGGGCGCGCUCGGCGCCGCGGGGCUCGUCGCCAUCCUCAGCGUCUGCCUCACCAUGUACGGCGUCGCGUCCUUCAACGAGGGGGAACCCUCCACGGCGCCCACGCUCACGCUUACGGGGAGGAAGAAGGAGGCCGACAAGCUGCAGACCGCCGACGGAUGGUCUAAGUUCACCGGAGGGUUCUUCUUCGGCGGCAUCUCCGGCGUGCUCUGGGCUUACUUCCUCCUCUACGUGCUCGACCUCCCCUACUACUUCAAGUAGAAGUUGAUUAAUAAAGAUCCAUAUAUAUAUAUAUAUAGCUCCGAUGCUGCGAUGCAUGCGAUCCUCCUCUCUGCGUCGGCGGCAUGCGUGGUUAUGUAGGUGAUGGGGUCCUUGUUUCACUUCAGCAGUGAUGAGCACCGUGUAUAAAUGUAAUUCCUCUGCACAUGGAUGGAUUGGGAUGUAACUUGAAACUGUUAAUUUUUUUUUUACUUGGAUGCA